GAUCUGGGGAUGGCUAGUGACAAGGUGUGAGAUGGCAGAGGGGUGGUGGUGGGAGAAGAACAUGUGGCCCCUGGGGGGUCAGUGGGCUCAGGGCUUGUGGCCCCUGCCUCAGCUGGUGGCAGUUGUGACCAGCUGUGCUGUGCUGCUGCUGGCUGCCUUCAUGGUCAGACACAUCUUGAAACAAAGGAGACCCAAGGGCUUCCCUCCUGGCCCCACAGGUUUACCCCUCAUCGGGAACAUCCUUGCCCUGGCAUCUGACCCCCAUGUCUACAUGAAGAACCAAAGUAAGGUCCACGGACAGAUAUUCAGCCUGGAUUUAGGAGGAAUCUCUACCGUGGUCCUGAACGGAUACGACUCGGUGAAAGAAUGUCUUGUUCGCCAAAGUGAUGUGUUUGCCGAUCGACCUUCCCUUCCGUUGUUUCGCAAGUUAACCAAAAUGGGGGGUCUUCUCAAUGCCAAAUAUGGUCGUUGUUGGACGGAACAUCGGAAGUUGGCCGUGAGUUGUUUCCGGAACUUUGGCUACGGUCAAAAGUCGUUUGAGAAUAAGAUCACCGAAGAGUCGUUGUUCUUCCUCGACGCAGUUGACACCUACAAGGGCAAAGCCUUCGACCCCAAGCACUUAAUCACUAUAGCCGUCUCGAACGUCUCCAACUUGAUCAUAUUUGGGGAAAGGUUUCGAUACGACGACAAUGAGUUCCUGCACAUGAUCGAGAUAUUCAGUGAAAAUAUCGAACUGGCCACCAGCGCCUGGGUCUUCCUGUACAACGCGUUUCCCGUGAUAGGAAUUCUCCCGUUCGGAAAACACCAGCAGCUUUUCCGGAACGCGGCGGAGGUCUACGACUUUCUCCUCCAAAUCAUCGAGCGCUUCUCCGCGAACCGUAAACCGCAGUCGCCCCGUCACCUCAUAGAUGCGUACAUGGAUGAGAUGGAGAGGAACCGGUCUGACCCAGACAGCACGUACUCCACAGAAAACCUCAUCUUCUCCGUCGGGGAGCUCAUAAUCGCCGGGACGGAAACCACCACCAAUGUCCUAAGAUGGGCUAUUUUGUUUAUGGCUCUUUAUCCCAACAUCCAAGGACAGGUACAGAAGGAAAUAGACUUAGUUAUUGGACCAAACAGGAGCCCGACGUUUGAUGAACGAUCUCAGAUGCCCUACACCGAGGCAGUGCUUCACGAGAUCUUAAGGUUCUGCAACAUCGCGCCACUGGGGAUCUUUCACGCCACUUCUAGGGACACGGUUGUCCGAGGUUAUUCGAUCCCUGAAGGCACCACCGUGAUCACCAACCUCUACUCUGUGCAUUUCGAUGAAAAGUAUUGGGUCGACCCAGAAAUCUUUUACCCAGAGAGGUUUUUGGAUAGCAGCGGACAGUUUGUCAAGAAAGAAGCUUUUGUUCCUUUUUCAUUAGGUCGAAGACACUGCCUCGGGGAGCAGCUGGCCCGCAUGGAGAUGUUCCUCUUCUUCACCUCUUUACUCCAACGCUUCCACCUCCAUUUCCCCAAUGGGUUUGUGCCAAAUCUCAAACCAAAACUGGGCAUGACCCUCCAGCCCUAUCCAUACCCCAUCUGUGCCGAAAGACGAUAAGACUGAAAAGCUCAAAGAUGGCCGGAGUCCGCGAUGAGACGGAAUGGGCUCGUUCGGUGAAACUCUACCUCGCUAGGACUUAAAACAUCGAUUUCUUUAGCUAAGGAUCCAAACUAAUAUUUUGCCAAAUAUCUAAAUAUAUCGAGGGGUUGUGUGGUGGAAAAAAAAAUAUUAAAUAUACAUUUUCCCGUUUAUAUGGGAUGGGGAUAGAUGGCGUGGGCUGGGCUUUUUUUUUUUUUUUUUUGGCCUUUUUUUUUAUCCACAUAAGAACCAAGGUUUCUAUAUUAUGUAAUACGGUGGGAAUUAGUUGUUCUUUUUAUAUUUAUAAGUAUAUAUUUUAUAUUAAAAAAUAACUAGUUAUUUCCUAAUUUUAAUGUUUCAUGCA